AUGGUUCAAGUUGUUGAGCAGUAUUGCUUGCAUCUCAGAGUGGACAAUGUUAGGAACAAAGUAUCGCGAGAAACCCCCCGCAGUGAAGUUGAAAUUAGGGCCAAUGUCACACUAAUGAAAGUAAACAAGAGUCCAAUUCAUCCUGCUUUGAGUGGCCUUGACAAGCAGCUUUUAGAUGUUCAACUCUAUAGUCCCAUAUCUAUCCGAGAGUUUCUACCUACCUGUGAUAGACGGAGAGUUUAUGAAAUCAUUCAGGAGUUGAAACAGAAAGGGCUGAAGUUCAAAUGCAUUCACUAUGCUCAUCAACCAGGUGGCAGCAAACAAGCCUUACACUUUGUGUGGAGAGUGGACGAGGCUAAAUCAGAGGGAGAAACCAUCGAAAGAUGCCUGCAAGUGAUCAAGAAAAUAGAGGCAGAAAUACUAGUUUAUGAAAGACGAAUAACCAAAAAGCACUUCAUGCAGGCGUUUGGAUUUGUUGUCAAGCCAGUUGCCCUUCGAGCUAUAUUUCGAGAGUUGAAAGGUGAUCAGUCUGCCCCAGCAAACCUAAGCGAGAGAGAGUUAGACAGUCGCUUUCAGUAUGCAAUGCAAUGUGAAGAUGCUGGAAUUCUUGUUGAUCUCAGGAACCAGUCACCUGAAAAGAAAAAGGAUACUUUCAAGGAGUUUUUUGCAGAAACCGAGAGAUAUUUGGCAGAAGAUAUUGGUGUGGCCUGUCAUGAAAGGCGUCAUGGUGAGCAAUUAUACCUUGCCAAAGCAGUCAGCAUCAAAGAUCUCCAUGAAAGAAUUAAAGAAAGAGUACCACCAGGGACCAAUGUGCCAUCAGUUAAGUGGUUGCGUUAUCAGUUCCAGCCAAUCAAUCCAAGGGCCAACACAGCAAAGUAUUACAAAGGGAUCAUUAAUGUCAAAAUGAUGGUACAAAAGAGACAGGUAAUGUAAAACCUAUGUUGCUACUGAAAACGUCCAUUGACGUUUUCAUGUGACAGUUUGAUAAACAAAAACAUUGCUUAAUAUCACUACUCCAGAAUUUGACUGUGUUGUUUUGACCUUCAGAAUUCCAGGAAAGUAUAAAUUUUGCUGCAUUUUUGCCUUAAAAAUAUUUUUUUCACUUUAAAAAUUACUUCUAAAAAUCUAGAAAUUCUUUCAACUCCCUUCAUGUCCUUAAAAAGAAACGAUUGGUACUGUAGUAUAUAUUUUAAACAAUCAAUCAAAACUUUAUUUAGGCACGGUAAAAUCUACACUAUAACAUAAAUAACAUUUUAUAGUAACAAUUAAUUAACAUAACUAAAAUAUAACUUACACUUAUAGGACAAAUACACGGAGAACAUUUAAAUUGAGACUUUUACAUUUACAAUACUAUAUACUACAUACUGAUUUCCAAGAUUGCCGUGCACGAGUCCGUUUCAAGUAGAAAAUAAGAUAUCAAUUUCUCUUUUAAAUUGACUAAGAGAGCAUACUGAACGUACAUUUUGAGGUAUCUCAUUCCACAAUACUGCACCGCUAUUUCUAUUUCUUGUACUAUAUGUCAAUUUCGGUUUGGAUGUUGCCCUAUUAAAUGAAAGCGUUCUCAAUAUUUCUUUUCCAGAUUAGAGUAAAUCAUGUGGAUGCACAUUAUUGUUCAGCUGCUUGGCGGUACAUGCGUGAGUUUGCAAUUACCCACAGAGAUAUGACAACAUUGGUCAGCAUGGACGACAAGCACAAAUGUAAGGUUGGGCAGCCCUUGUAUCCAUUGGCAGCAGCUGAAAGAGGGAAGCAGGUUAUCAUUGGAGCUAACCAGGUGAUGGCUGUUGGGGACCAUGACUUCAGCAAAUGUACUUUGACUCCAUCAGUUAACUUGGUGGUGAGUUGCUAAUGUAUAAAACAAGUAGAUGCAUUAUCUAUUGUCUGUUCAGUUAUUAAAAAAGAUGGCCAGAAAAUAUCACAAUGUGGUAGAACUUACCAUUUCGAGAUGUUCUUACCAUGAUGUGACAUUAUCUGUGCAUCAACAUCUGACCAGACAACAACAAAAAAUGGAUCUAUUUUGUAAAUAUUUUACAGAUUGAUAUUCCUCAAACAAUAUCUGGUAGCUUCUACAGGGGCGAUGUUUAUGUUGGGUUCAAGGAUUCAAUAUUAAAGCCUUCUUCCCCAUUGCGCCACGCAACUGAACUGGCAGAAAUUCUGAAGCUAAGAGGAAGUAGGUUCUAUAUGUGGAAAUAAAUUAUGUUUUUGCAUGAUCAUGAUAUGCUUUUAAGUUCUAUUGCAAUUCUUUGUUAUGGUUUUAAAUUAAUUCACAGGUAACUAGUCCCACAAGGCAACAAACAAUGGCCAGUGUAAUUUAGUAUAGUCUGUUUAAGAGUCAUUUAAGAGUCUAUUUUACUGUAGCUGUCCAUCCUGUCCUACUGCUAUACACAGAUGGAGGGCCUGAUCACCGAACCACGUACAUGUCGGUGAAACUGUCCAUGAUAGCAUUGUUCAGGUCUCUGGACCUUGAUAUGUUGGUUGCCUUAAGGACAGCUCCCAGUAACUCGUGGACAAAUCCUGUAGAGAGAAUAAUGAGUAUUGUGAAUACUGGUCUACAAGGUAUUAGCCUUAUGCGUCAGAAAAUGGGUGACAACUUUGAAAAAGCAAUAGGUGUGUAG